CUUAACGAUAAAUAAUCAAACAAAGUCUCUGACCAAUAAAGUAACUUCAGGAUAGGACAUGCAACAAAGAUCUCGAAAAAAAAAAACAGGCAUGGUGAAACGCACCUCAAGAAGCAAAAAGAUAUAUAACGCACUUUUUUUUGGAAAUUAACGCGAUGAUGAAUAUUACGGCCAACAGAGAGAAUAAGACAACAGCUCAAUCGACAGUUUUUCAUGACCAGACGACUCGCGAAAUCAUCGCCAUCGUAAAUUUUCCGUUGCUGUUUGCAUCUAUUGUGGGAAAUGCUUUGGUGCUGGUAGCCAUGAAAAAGAUUACUUCCCUUCAACCAAACCCAUUGACUCUUGUCUGUAGUCUGGCUGUCUCAGAUCUACUGGUUGGUUUUGUCGCACAACCGUUUUUCAUCGGCGGUAUAUUAACAAGAAAUAAUUUUCUACAAAAACUCCCAGGAGUGGUAAUAGGCUCGGCAUGCUCGGUGACGCUUUGUACGAUAACUGCAAUAAGUGUGGAUCGACUUAUGGCUAUCCGUUAUCACAUGAGAUAUGGUUCUUUAUUUACCAAAUCUCGAGUCAGAUAUACUGUGUUAACGAUAUGGUUGGUUAACCUACUCCUCUCUGCCUCUUAUCUCUGGAUAGAACACAUAUAUAAAUUUAUCAUGGGUAUUGCGACUGUAAUCUGUUUAACAAUUUCAGCAUUCUGCUAUAUUUUGAUAUACAGAGUGGUCCGCCUGCAUCAAUCCCAGAUUCUAGCUCAACAAGUAGCAGUUCACACUUCUUCUUCUCAAAGAGACGGUACAGAGAUGAGACGUCUGCGUAGAAGUGCGAUAAAUACUUUUAUGUUUUUCAUAUUUUUGAUCAUUUGUUAUUCUCCAAUGUAUGUAAUACUUUUUCUCUAUGGAUUGUUUAUCAUAGACUGGAAAAUAGAAUUCAACUUUUAUACUACUUUAAUGUUCAUGAAUUCUUCGAUCAAUCCAUUCUUGUAUUGCUGGCGAGUAAGUGAAUUACGAAGGGAAGUCGUAAACACUUUAAGACGAAUGUUUUGCAAACAGACAGUGGAAAGCUAGAACUUUAAAGAUGAGACCCUAUCCAGCGUCUUCAUGCGACGAUGCGAACUGAUUCGUUUAUGGAGAUCCCGCUUAGGAUGGCUCGCCUCUCUCGAUGUAAACUCGGAAUACAGGUUAUAUUAUGCAAUGUUGUCUUUCUUACCGAGCGAAAACGUUUCAAUUCCACAGAAUAAAUAAAAUAUGUAGAUAUUUAUAUGACUCGACUUUAAUGGAUUUAACCCGGCGGUUUAGGAUAAUGAGCCAAUAAUUGCGUCUCGAAAUGUUCGGAAAGAAACAUAUCUUCGGGGCGGAUCGUUGAGCAAGAAUAGGCCUCACAUUUUGUCUGUAAAUCUUUUUGCCUUGUAAAUUGUACUUUUAGCUUGUGUAAUUAUUUCUUCCUUAAACCUUUUUUGACAAGUCAUUUGACUGAAAUAUUUCGACGCAUUCACUACCCGUCAACACAAAUUGUGCUUCUUUUAAAUUUUCUAUCUUUUCUUGACCCCAACUGAAGAAUUCAGAGAACGAUGAAUUUAAAUAAAAUAAAAAAAAAUUGGUGUUUAAGUAAUUAUAAAGGGAUUCUCGGUUUUUGCGUUUUGGCUACUUCUUUUUUUAGAUCGGUUUUUCGGCUUUUGUGCCAAAGAAACUUCGGUUUUGGUGUUCAUUGCGGUUUUCGGAUUUUCCAUCUUUUAGCAUUUCAUAAAUGGGAAUUAUGUGAA